AUGCCUGAGUACAAACUCGUUGUUGUUGGAGCUGGUGGAGUCGGAAAGAGUGCGCUGACGAUCCAGCUUAUCCAGAACCAUUUUGUAGAUGAGUACGACCCAACGAUUGAGGAUUCCUAUAGAAAGCAAGUAAAUAUUGAUGGGGAGACUUGCAUGCUUGAUAUUCUGGAUACGGCUGGUCAAGAAGAGUACAGCGCCAUGCGUGACCAAUAUAUGCGAACUGGCGAGGGCUUUCUCUGUGUAUUUGCUGUCAAUAACGCUAAAAGCUUUGAAGACAUUAGUCAAUACCGCGAACAAAUUAAACGGGUCAAAGACGCAGAUGAGGUGCCCAUGGUUUUAAUUGGGAACAAGGUAGACCUUGCAGUCAGAUCAGUCGAUUCUACAAAAGCUGAGGCCGUUGCUAAGGAGUACAACAUUCCCUACAUUGAAACAUCUGCUAAAACCCGUCAAGGUGUUGAGGACGCAUUUUUCACUCUUGUUCGAGAAAUCCGCAAAUUUGAGAAGGUGCAGCUGUUGGAGAUCGCUUGGGGAAGCCUGCCAUCGAGAACAGGUUCAGCAGAUCAUGCUAAUUCUCGCCGAAGCGCAUCUGUUUUCUACGAGUAG